AUGGCCGAGACCAACCCCAAGGCUUUCCCCCUCGCCGACGCGGCUCUCACCAACCAGAUCCUCGACUUGGUCCAGCAGGCUUCGCACUACAAGCAGCUCAAGAAGGGUGCUAACGAGGCGACCAAGACCCUCAACCGCGGUAUCUGCGAGUUCAUCGUCAUGACUGCCGACACCGAGCCGAUCGAGAUCCUGCUCCACCUCCCGCUCCUCUGCGAGGACAAGAACGUCCCCUACGUCUUUGUUCCCUCCAAGACCGCCCUCGGCCGUGCUUGCGGCGUCUCGCGCCCCGUCAUCGCUGCGUCGAUCACGACCAACGAGGCUCGCGAGCUCAAGAGCCAGAUUGACACGAUCAAGGGCCAGAUCGAGCGCCUCCUCAUCUAA